AUGGCCACUCUUGGCCCUUCGUUAAACAAUUGUGUGUCCACCAAUAGCUCUCUGAUAGUCAACGAUACACUCAUCACGGUAGGCGAUGAAGGGCGCCUUAACUCAAUCCGCUGGUUUAUGGUGGUCAUUCUGGCGACUGGUGUAUUGGGUAAUUGUUCAUUUUUACUGGUCGUGGCUCGUCGUGAAUCCAUGCGAAACGUCAUCAAUGUAUACCUUGCUAAUCUGGCCAUCGCUGACAUCAUCCUCUUGAUUGUCAGCAGUAUUCCAAGCUUGACUAACACUGCGCCACACUCCUCCAAAAUAUGGGGAUGUAUGUUUAUGGUAAUUACAACGACAUCGUAUUAUUCCAGUAUUUCGACCGUGUCGCUGCUCGCAUGGGAUCGAUUCCGUGCGAUAUGUAAGCCGAUCAAGCACAUGGCAAUAUCAAGCAUUAAGCGAAGCAUGAAACUCGUUGCUGCAGCCUGGUGCUGCAGCCUCAUUUACUCUGUCAUCGUGUACUUGGAGCGUAUGGUCACUUUAAAGGGUUGUAAGUUGUCUGGUGUUGCCCCACUAAGCAACUCUCCUAUUGAGAGCUACAAAACAGACAAUUUCCAUCCUUCCCCAUCUCUGAGUGACGUCUUCUUAGUUCUUCCCUUCAUCGUGUGUCUCUCCCUUAAUUGUUGGCUGUACGCUCGCAUCAUUCACGCCCUCAGAAACCGAUUCGCACAUCGCAUGAAUCGCCCCAACCAGCAGGUUCCCGAAUGGAUCAGGAAGAUAUGCCAAUCGCGGGUCCGUAUCACCAGGAUGCUUGCUCUCAACAGCCUGAUCUUUUUCCUCUGCAACGCGCCUAGGUCUGUCACUACAAUCAGUGGUUACAUCCAUGAAACCCUGGGCGUGACUCGCUGGGAUGCAGACCAGAACAUCCACGUCCUCUCCACAGUACUAUUCGUCGUCAACUCGUGUAUCAAUCCGCUCAUCUACAACUUAACCAACACGAAGUACAGACAGGCAUUCCGUGAGGUUUUCAUGCCAUCUUGCUGUUCGUCAUCUAGACCAACUCAGAGAACACCCAGAGUUGUUCACCUGCACAUUCUCUCUGACUGA